CAAACACUUUCCAUGUCAGGUUUCAAAAUGGCCCCAACCUCCCUAUCCUCUCGCUUCCAACAAUCUGUCACUCCAAAUGCUCUCAGAUCAUAUCUUGCAGAGUUCAUCUCCACAUUCCUUUAUGUUUUCUCUGUCGUCGGAUCGACAAUGGCUUCCCAGAAAAUGAUGAUAAAUGCAGCGGCGGAUCCGUCGAGUCUGGUGAUUAUUGCGAUUGCAAAUGCAUUUGGGUUGUCGUCGGCGGUGUACAUUGCGGCGAACAUCUCCGGAGGCCAUGUGAAUCCCGCCGUUACUUUUAGCAUGGCGGUUGGGGGUCACAUUAGUGUCCCAACCGCUCUGUUUUACUGGAUUUCUCAAAUGCUUGCAUCCGUUAUGGCUUGUAUUCUCUUGAGAGUCUCCACUGUUUCACAGCAUGUCCCUACAUACACAAUUACAAGUGAAAUGACUGGAUUUGGGGCAUCAAUUAUGGAAGGUGUUAUGACAUUUGCUUUGGUUUACACUAUCUAUGCUGCCAUGGACCCUAGACGUGGGCCACCGGGCGCCAUUGGGCCGUUAGCAAUUGGGCUUGUGGCAGGAGCCAAUGUGUUGGCAGCCGGGCCCUUUUCGGGUGGUUCGAUGAACCCGGCUUGUGCAUUUGGGUCUGCAGUUGUUGCUGGUAGGUUCAGGAACCAAGCAGUUUAUUGGGUUGGGCCUUUGGUUGGAGCCACGGUGGCUGGACUUGUGUAUGACAAUGUGGUGUUUCCUUCUCAGGAAUUGGAUUCUUCUAUUAGAGGGAUGUCAGAGGCUGGUGUUAGGGUUUAGCCACCACCCACUAUAGAUUUAAUUAUUUUUGGGUAAUUAUUGUGUUGUAAUAUUUGUGCUAUAGUCCUAAUCAAGUGUCAUGUUCUGUUUACUCCACAAAUGAUUAUUUAGUAUCCAUCAACUUU